ACAUGCAAGUAUAGCGAAAAUUUACUUCCGGAAACUGAAUCGGGACAUAACGAUAUUUUGACUUAAUGGUAGAGCCAAGACAUGAGUGCAGAAGACUCAAACCCAGCCGCCACACCCACUCCCUGUGUAGACACCCAGGGAGAUGGACGAUGGAUGUCUCUGCAUACCCGCUUUGUGUCUGACAGCAAAGACAAAGAACCUGAUGUCCUGUUUGUUGGAGACUCUCUUGUUCAGCUCUUGCACCAGUUUGCGAUAUGGCGCCAGUUGUUCUCUCCUCUACAUGCCCUUAAUUUUGGAGUGGGUGGUGAUGCAACACAGCAUGUGCUGUGGAGACUGAGCAAUGGUGAACUGGAUAACAUCAGCCCAAAGGUUGUCGUGCUAUGGGUUGGCACUAACAAUCAUGGUCACACUGCUGAACAGAUCUGUGGAGGCAUCAUGGCUAUUGUCCAAGUCAUCAAGAACAAGCUCCCCCAAGCCCACACGCUCGUACUUAGUAUACUACCCAGAGGUAAAGCACCAAACCCUCUCCGGGAGCGAAAUGCCAAGGUGAACAAGCUAGUCCAGGAGACUGUAUCAUCUCUUCCACAUGCCUCUUUCCUCAAUGUGGAUCCUGGCUUUGUCCACUCCAAUGGUAGCAUCUCCCACCAAGACAUGUAUGACUACCUUCACCUGACCCCUCAGGGCUACCAGGCCGUGUGUGAACCCCUCCACGCUCAUCUCAAGUCCAUGCUAGAUAAACCUGCUGAGAACUGAGCAGCCAGGUUACAAAUGUACACUACCACAGUGGUCCUUGUCCCUGUUUCCACAGAGCAUCACACUUUGCUCAUUAAGACCUCAAGUGGUGGAUAGAAUCAGUUAUUAAGGGCUAAGAGCUGCACAGAUCAUUGAAGUCCUUUCCACAGCGAGGGUUGGUGACCACUGUUACAGAUAAUGGGACCAUACAUUUUUUGUGUUAAUAGUGCAGUCAAAAUUUCAAUGUGCUGUAGAGAGACAAAGUCCUGCCUGAAUUCCCAGUUAGCACCUGUUCUACUAGCAUUUACUUCCCAAAAUGUUUUGUCAUAGACAGAUUAUUUCAUUUUUCUGCAGCAUGAUAGGAAUGAAGGAAUGAAUAUGACAGGCGAUUCCAGGGUGUCUUUGCCAGUGACUCAGCAAUCAAGGCAAUAAAAUAACAUCUGAAGAGACAUCCUUAAGAACACAUAGAUGAACGUAAACUAAUCCAAGUGUUCAAUGGUUAAUAAUAAAACUUAAAAUUAUGCACAUUUUUAUUUUUUAAUGAAAACAUUCUGUAUGUUCAAAUGUUAUUGGUUGCCCCUUGUUAAAAGCUGCAUUUAUAACAAUAGCCUGCAGAUCUCAUCUACUCGGCUACAUUUGUAAUGUAUUUAUCAAAGCUGAUUUUACUUUAGAACAUUUCAUAAGUACUGAUGUAGAAACCCACUAUUGCAAAAUACUUGGAAGAGGACCUGGUUCAUUUUUGGAGUUAUCUUUAUUUGGCAGUACCAUCAGUGUAUUAUCUAAUGUUUUUUUGUACAUGUUAAUUUCAGUGUCCUAAGAUUUCACUUUUGUUUGUUUACACAUGCAAAAAACUGACCAUUGCUGUGUACUUGCUUUUCAUCAUGUUUUGUUUUCUCAUUAAUGUCCUUCAACCUUUUCGCUUCUCCUGUUUUAACAGCAACUGUAUUUCACUGUGAACAGAGAUGUGUGUGAGUAGGUUGUGAAGUUGUAUAGACACAUCUAGUUUACUUUGCAUCAGGUUCAUUGUUCUCUGCAACUUACUGGCUCAUUAGACCACUGAAAAGGCUUCACUUACAUGCUUCUAAGAAACUUAGAUAAGGAUUGUGCUGCAGAACUCGCAUUGUGGUCCAGAAUGGAUGAUUGUGUAAGAGAGGAAAGAAAUGCAUUAAAUAUAAAAGCAAGAUGGUUUCAUUGUCCCUUGAUUCGUGGAUCAGAUCUGUGCGCAGAUACUGAGAAAUUGAUUGCCACUGGUGCAGAACUGUGUUUUUAGACUUCAAAAAAAGCAAAGUUCAUUGAGAGUGCACAUACACAGAUUAUGUCCAAGGGAGAUUUAUUGCUUUUGCAUGACUGGUUUUAGGAAAAUGUGGUUGUGAGCAGAGAGCUACAUUUCUGAAACUUGAGGACGAUGAACAAGUCUUGCUUUGCCCUCACCAGCCUCAUUAAUGUCAGUCCAUAACUGGUAUGUUUUUCAACAGUCAUCACACGUAAUACAAUACACAAAGACCUAGAAUUCUACCUCAUAAUAGCAAGCAUAAUCUUACAUGUGACACUGGUAUAUUCUCUACUGUGGGGCUGACAGGACUGAUGAUGAGCACCACUUGAAAUUUAUGUUAAACCUGUCAGUAUUGUAUAGCAGUAAGUGCUUUUGCCAACAAAGAUAAACUAGGUUUUGUACACAAGCCACAACCAAUAAGUGAGAUCAACAUUAAUAUCUCUUCUCAUUUCCUCAUGUAUUUAAGUGCCAUAUUUUAAAUGACUGUAACAAAUACUGAAAACAAAAUAUGAUCACAAUGGGGAUCAGUAAAUGAAAGCACAGUGAAAAAAAAUGUGUAUGACACUCUUCAUCAUUUAAAGUAAUACAGUCAUAUAGUAUCAGCGUUACGCACUGGAAACUCACAAACAAGGUGUCACCUGGCAUUCAGAUACCCUCAUACUGCAGGUCAGUAUCGUGUGAAUCCCUCCCUUUUUUUCCCACAGAAAUGAACCAUUACAUGACACCAAGGUUUGCUGGCAAUCUUUUGUGUUAUCCGCCACCACGUCUUUGGUUGGGCAAGACAUGCAUCAUACAGUUGGCAGCUGAUGAAUACGCCACAGCUACAAUUUCAGACAUUGACACCAUCCUUUAUAAAGACCCAGACCGACAAACAUUUCAUUUCUUCACUGUGACUGCAUACAGGCAGGAUUUCUUUUUCUGGGCAAACAGCAUUGUUCUCAUUUACUACAGCAUGGGACCAAGGAAGCAUUUGCUGUUGAUUCUUCUACUGCUAGUAUUCACCGACCACAGUCAAGGUGUUCCUGAGACCUAUGAACAAUCCUUGAUUGUCAACAAAUUCACUGAUUCCACUGUUGUUGGAGAACUACUUACAACUCCACAUCCGAUUAACACCCCAAGAUGGCACAACAGAUCAUGUAACUGCAAAGGAAAGGAAAGAGAGAUGGUGAGCACACACUGCCGCUGUCAGUCGUCUGCCAGACGCAAUGGCAAGAACGGGAAAUGGAAAAAACUGUGCCAGCUGGAAAAAAACAAGAAUCUGCAGAAGUGCCACAAGUUUUCCAAACUGAAGACAAACAAUAAAUCCAAGUUCGGUCCCAGUGUGCCCAUAUGAGCAAGACAAGGAAACUCUCAUAUAUACUCUGCCUAUAUAUCAAUAUUUUGCAAUUAUCACUGUCACACAUAUUUCUUUGUAAGACUUACUGUUAUAUCCUCCUCAAUAAAGUCCUCACACAAAUGA